AAGCAUUACCUGUUUUAAACAUCUGGCACUACCUGCCUGCUUAGUCACCUUUUUCUCUGGCUUCAAACAGCUGUGGGGCCCCACCUCCUCUCCACCUCCCAUCCAUCUGUGAUCCAUUCCCUCCCCUCUUCCUUCCUGGAGGGAUCUGGACACACCAGAUCCACAAGUCCUGAUGUCUUUAAAAGGAUCUGCCUGGGGAAUAAGGUUCAUCUGAGUACUGUGACAGACACCUUGAUUGGAGUGGGAAGUCCCACGGCCAGUCUGCGGCAGCUGGCAUCAUGAAGGCCUGUGUCUCCCUGCUAGUGGCCAUGCUCUGUGGCCUGGCCUGGGCUGGAAACCUGGAGUCAUGUGCAUCUCGCUGCAAUGAGAAAUUUGACCGGGAUGCUGCCUGCCAGUGCGAUCGCCGGUGUCCCCAACAUGACGACUGCUGUGAUGACUAUGGACGUCUGUGCAAUGCUGAAGAUGGGCCCCCAGAGCCCAAGGCAUUCCUGGAUCCAGAGGAUGAGAUCCCAGCCAGCUACCUGUACUCUGCACCAAACUCCUGCCAGGGCCGCUGCCGGGAAGCCUAUGACAGGCACCACCCUUGCCACUGCAAUGACCGAUGCCAAGAGUUCGGGAACUGCUGUGAAGAUUUUGACAGCCUGUGUGGUGACCACGAGGGCUUCUCCCACAGCAGCGACGCCAUAACCAACGAGGAACUCCAGAGUAUCUCUGAGAUGAUCUACAGGGUAGAUACCAAUAAAGCCCAGAAGGAAGACAUUGUCCUCAACAGUCAAAACCGUGUCUCCCCGUCAGAGACAGGAAACAGAGUGGACCGUUGCCCAGAGCCGCUCUUUACUUACGUCAACGAGCAGCUCUUCUCCAAGCCCACCUACGCAGCUUUUAUCAACCUGCUCAACAAUUACCAGCGGGCCACAGGCCAUGGGGAACACUUCAGUGCCCAGCAGCUGGAGGAGCAGGCCGUCUUCCUCAGGGAGGUCAUGAAGACAGCUGUCAUGAAGGAACUCUAUGGCUUUCUCCAUCACCAAAACCGCUACAGCUCCGAACAAGCAUUCGUGGACGAUCUGAAGAACAUGUGGUUUGGGCUCUACUCAAGAGGCAGUGAAGAAGGGGAUUCGAGCGGCUUUGAACACGUCUUCUCAGGUGAAGUGAAAAAGGGCAAAGUCACUGGCUUCCACAACUGGAUCCGCUUCUACCUGCAGGAGAAGGAGGGUCUGCUUGACUAUUACAGUCACAACUACGAUGGACCUUGGGAUUCCUACCCUGAUGUCCUAGCCAUGCAGUUCAGCUGGGACGGCUACUACAAGGAAGUGGGCUCAGCCUUCAUUGGCAGCAGCCCUGAGUUCGAGUUUGCCCUCUACUCCCUGUGCUUCAUCACCAGGCCAGGCAGAAAGUGCCACUUAAGCCUGGGCGGCUAUCCUUUGGCCAUCCAGACCUACACCUGGGAUAAGACCACCUACGGAAACGGCAAGAAGUACAUCGCCACAGCCUACAUUGUGUCUUCCACCCAGUAGAGCUCGAGGCCAGAUGGGUUAUGAGGGCAGAGGGCCAAGCCGGACCCAGGUGCUAUUUGCUCUGUACUGGGGAGGAGUCUGGGAGGAACCCCAAAGCCCAGUUUUAUGAAAGAGAUCUCAAAUCUAGAAAUGCCCGUGUGGGAGAGAAAAAAAAAAAGAUACAAUUAGAAAAAUGUAGAGAAUCAGUCAAACCUUUGUCUUUCUGUAUCAUAGCAACAUGAACUAGGAAACAGAGCCCCUCUCUGUCUGGAAAAGGUAGCAACCUUGGAGAAUUCUUUACAGUAUAGUGGGACCAGGAGCAAGUCCUUGGCCUCACAUUUCCCUCUAAUGUGAAGGGGAGGGGUCUCCCCUUUUCCUGCUCGGGGCUUGGGGAGAGGGUGAUGAGACAGUAUUAUGACUGUGACGAUGUCUUCAGCUGCUCGUAGGAAGAACAGGUGGUAGAAAUUUGGGAUUUCCAAAUGGCUGUCACUGCUCACAGCUCUGCAACUGAGACACAGCCCUGUGCUGGGCCCCAGAGAAGCCCGCCUUAGACCCAAGCACGAGAUUCUUAGGGAACCAAAUCUGUGACAGUGCAGAGUCAGGGGUUGGGGGUAAGUGGGCUCCGGCAGGCGGCCUCCGCCAUCCUAGAUGUCUGUGUGGCCACCUCAGCAUCUGUUUCUAGAAGUUUCCCACUUGCAGAUGUUUAGUGCAGUUACAGACAUGUGUGUUUUGAUCCCACAUAGUGCUUUGUUUUGUUUGGAAAGAACCCCCGCACAGGAGGGAGAUCGAACGUCAAAGGAAGAAAAGAACCUAUAAGUUGGUGUCGCUGACAAUCAUACUAAUGUUUAUCCAGCUGCCAUAAUUUGAGACAUUCUAGGCUGGGAGAAGAGGGACCCUGGGUUUCCCAUUUCAAUCUCUAUGAUGUAUUUAUUCCCCUACUGGUCCUCAGGAGCCAGAUGUGGCCCCACAGAGCCAGGCCUGUACCGCAGCUUAGAGGCAUCACGUUUCCAAUUAAAGCCACUGGAGAACCUCUGAAAA